AUGCGCAUUCACGAGAGCGGAAUUGACCACAAUGCCGACACACUCACCACAUCCAACACACCCGCCAUGCCCAACACCACCCUCGCUUCAUCGCCACACGCGCCCAUCACCACCACCACCACCACCGCUUCCUCUACAGCUGACACCGACAACGUCGACCUCUCAUGCCCACACUGCCCGCGCACGUUCACCUCACGCAUCGGCCUGGUCGGUCACUUGCGAAUCAAUCGCACAGAGACUGGCGAACCAGUGCCUGGAGCACCAACCUAUACCCACCAAGCUCGGCUCAACUGUCCACACUGUCCUCGCACUUUCAGGCAUCGCAUGGGUCUAUUCGGUCACAUGCGCAUCCACGAGAACGGAAUUGAUCACAAUUCCGACACACUCACCACAUCCAACACACCCACCAUACCCAGCACCACCCCUGCUCCAUCGCCAUACGCGCCCAUCACCACUGCCUCCUCUACAGCUGACACCGACACCACCGACCUCUCAUGCCCACACUGCCCUCGCACUUUCAGGCAUCGCAUGGGCCUAUUCGGACACAUGCGCAUCCACGAUGACCUGCGGUAG